AUGGUUGUGCAACAGUCAAUACCGCCCGCCUCCGGACUACGCUGGCAAUUAAUGAAACACCCUAUUUUUCAACUUAGCCACGCAAGUUAACUUCCUCUUGUUAGCUCUCUACCUGCCUUGUAGAUCAGUAGGGCAUAAAGCACUGCUAGCUUUUCAGAAAUGUGAUAAAUCUUUAGCGUUUAGCUUAUAGGAUUCCUCAAACAACAACAGCUACCACUAGUUUGAUAUUUUUGCCCGCAUGUCAUCGCGAAAGCGUAAACGGUCCUCCAAGGCCACAUGGUGCCCCUCGUCUCCUAAUCCACAGAGAGUUGAGAGAGAGACGUCCUUACUUUCAUCUGCCCGGAGUUGGGCCAAGUGUGGAGACAGUUUUCUGGAGACUCCGGCUAUAAAGAAUCUUUACCCAUCAAAAAGAAAACUGUCAGUCGCAAGAAAGCUGUCUCAGUCUCCUGCUUUAGUGCAGAUCAGUGAUUCUCAACUCUCUGAGGAUCCAGUACAAAUCGCAUGGAGUUCCAGUGACUCUGAACCCUCUGACAAUGAAAAUCAAGCUCAUCAUCAGUCCAAAACAACUUCACAGCAGCAGCAGUUUCGAAAACUAGGGAGACCCUCAGCUCCUGUCCAGUCAUGCAAAGAUGAUCUUCCUGUUAUAGACACAGACAGUGAUCAGGAUUUGUCUGAGGAGGAUGUUGAAAACGACAGCGGGCAACAAAUCUCAGACUGUGAGUCAAACUCUGCUGAUGAGAAACUACAGGACCUUCCUGUUAAACCUACAACUGUAAAUGAGCUUGAGAUCUCGGGUUAUGCGUCUGAUGGAGAGGACAUUAGCGGGACGUUCACCUCCAGCAAACCGGACUCUGAGAUCUUUCCCCUCCAAAGUGGCGAGGGCAGCAAAAAGUCUGUCAGUGACUGGCUGAGAUGUCAGGCGAUGCUGCAGACGCCCAAAAAACAGGCGAAUAGGCAGUCCAAGACCCCGGAAGACUCCGCCAAAAAGAGAAGAAAGUUUAAAAGUGGAGGUCUGGCAGAGAGGCUGAGUCGACUUCAGUGCAGGCAGAGGUCAGCUAUCAGUUUCUGGAGGCACAAGUCCAUCUCUGACGCCUCGGCAACCACAACAGUGGACAGGCCCGGCGUGCUGGUUCUGGAGGUGCUGCGCAUCCACGAGGAGUGCAGCAUGCAACUGGCUCUCUGUGAGCAACUCCAUCCCCCCAGAGACGACCACCAGAGCCAGAAAUCUGUCUCGGAAGAAAAAACGCACACGUUGGUGUUAUUCAACAGGGAGACCGCAGCUCAGCUGAGCCCUGCACCCAGAGAUAUCAUCCACAUUCACCCGCCGUGGCAAAGUCUGUCUAUAGAGGGCUUUAGCUGUUCUGUCAUCCUGAACACACACUUCAGCCAGAAGGUCUUCUCAUCAAGAACCGGGCUCUCUGCAGAAAGACGCAUGCCGUAUCAUUUGGGUCAGAUGUUCAGACCUCUGGAUGAAUGUGGAACCAAGCAGGUUGCGGCUUCGUGCGUUGUUGGGGGUUCAGGAGCUUUGGCGAGACACUGCGUCUCUCUGCUGGAGGCCAUUGAAGGACUUGGACAGGCCGGCUCCAUGGACCAGGAUGUGGAUGUGGUUGUCCAGAGAGUUUACUCCGUCCCUUUAGCUGACUCCUCUCCUGUGUCCAUCCUCAAACACAGAACUCGCUCCUCCACGGCUCCUCCUCCUGAAGAGAGAAGCACAACCAGGUUGUGCGUGCUCGUCCAGGAUGACUAUGGGACUUUCAGCGUGGUCCAGCUGCAGCCGCUGCCCCGCAGCAACGAGCUCCACCGGUUCUGCCAGAUGUGGCAGGGGAGGACCUGUGUGCUGAGAGGCAUUAAAGUGGUGCAGCGGGUCACUCGAGAAAGGCACUCCAGGCUUUUCAGCUUGAUAGACAGCCUCUGGCCCCCAGCGAUGCCUCUGAAAGAUCAUGGAAAUUCACUUAGUAUUCCUGAUGAAAGCAGAUCUCCUGGUCCAGCUCCAAGUUUCUGCUACCUGCUGUCAGGUCAGCAGAGUUCAGUUGAACCCACCGAGGGGUCGACCAGGUCACCGCUCUACCUUCCCCCUAUAAAACAAACCUUACGAGACAUACUGCAGAGUGAGACGAAAACCUUCCGUUGCAGUUUUGUGGCCACUGUUUUAUACAAAAGAAUGCAGAGCUCUGAUGUAGGCCAGGGGGAGGUGUGGUUAGUGCUGACAGACCCCAGUCUUCAGGAGGAGCAGCUCGAGAGGCCGUGCAGGCGAACAGUGGCUCUGUGUGUGAACACUUCCUGUGUGCUCAUUUCCUCUGUCCUCGAAGCAUUGAAUUCUCCCGCUGUCUACCAAAUGUCGUUCAGAGACGCCAUCAGAGAAAAUGGCGUCCUCCUGUGUGGGAAGCAGUCAGUUAUUGAGGUGUGCUCGGUUGAGCGUGGGACCGAGACCGAGAGCACAACAGGGCGAGACUCACCCUGUCGGUCUCUGCCUGAGCCCCGGGUGAAGACCCUGCUCCAGCCUUACAGACUGGAUUCUCUGGGUCUGGAGACCACACCCAACUCCCUCUGUACUCUAACAGGGGUGGUCGUUGGUGUGGAUGAGAAUACAGCAUAUUCCUGGCCUGUCUGCAAUUCUUGUGGAAGCGACAAUCUAAAAUUGUCUUCCGAAAGCUCUCAAACAUUCCACUGCAUGUCUUGUAAAUCUGCGCUGGACAAACCAGACACCAAGGUUCAGCUGGAGGUGUUCCUGACUUCCUCCUCGUUAAACGACUGCACUAUGAAGGUUAAGCUGCAGCAGAUGACGAUCCUGUCCCUGCUGAAUGCCGGCGCAGUGGAAGGUAGUGAGCUCCAUGGUUAUGACGUGGAGAGCAUCUUGGGAAAAGAGGUGGGUCCCAUCCCCGUUUACGUCCGGGUCGUCACCAGGAAGCCUGCUCUCUGGAUCGGCCUGGAAGAAAUCAGCCUGAGAGGCUGCCGAUAGCAAUCCUCAGACUUUGGCUGGCUCCAGCGAUCUGCACACUGAGCCUUGAUCUGGGCCAGUUUAUCCUCCACCCCCCUCUGAAGGCCUCCCUGACAGCUUGAGGCUGUGCUGAACAGAACGGGGUACAAGUAGACAAGGUCUUGUUUGUGUUAAUGAUAUGUGAUCCUGUGCACCAGGAGUUGACAGCCCAAGGGUAAACCGGUGGCAUGCAGUCUGUCAAACCAACCCACGUGGGUCAUUUACCUCUCAGAUCCACUAUUUGUGACUUUUAAAUUAUCUUUGCUACCUCUGUUCUCAACUGUUGACUGACACUGUCAAUAAAGCAUUUUUUGUUGCUGA